GUCACCGCCCCUGGGUGACAGUCGCUGGCCCGGGCGCGCUCGGGGCCCGCCGGCUGCCGCGGGGACGGAUCGUCUUGCCUGAGAGGAGAGGCCGCCUCAGGAGGAGCACCGCCGCUGCCCCGGCGGCCGUCCCUUCCUCUGGGACCCCCUGGGCACUGCCGCCGUCCCCGCCAGGGUAGUUACGCCAUGGAGGCGGUCACGCCGCUGCAAGUCAGUGUCCAAGAUGAGGCUGUGGACAAAAGCACCUUUAAGAAAUGCAACCAGAUUGCAUUUUACAGGCGUCAGAAACUCCUGCACCCUGGAAAAUCCUCUUAUCGAGCAUUGUUGGAUUCAGUCACAUUGAGUGAUGAGAAUGUCAAAUUCCAAAUUAUUCAUGAGGAGAAUAAGGUUCUUCUACAAGUAGAAAUUUGUGAAAUAGAAGGCAAUAUUUUCAGGCUUAAAAUUGAUGAGGCAUCUCCUCUCAGAGCAAGAUACAAAGUUCGUGAUGUUCUUAUAAAGGAACCUACCACCCAAAGACUCUUCAUAUCCCAGAAUGAGGCAGGUGUUUUGGUGCUGUCAAGUGUUAAUGAGGACUACAAACUUCAAGUCACAGCAAACCCCUUCCAGAUUGAGCUACAGUCCAAGGGUGAGACUGUUCUGAGCAUGAAUUCCAAUGGGUUGUUAUACUUUGAGCAUCUACAACCACCUCCCAGUGACAGAAAACCUACAGCAGAAAAUGAGGAGGCAGCAAGUGAUUCCUCUAAGGAGAAAGAAGAGGAUCUGGGUCUCUGGCAAGAGAAAUUUGGCAGUUUCUUAGAUAUCAAAGCUCAUGGUCCUAGUUCUGUAGGGAUGGACUUCUCUUUACAUGCGUAUGAUCACAUCUAUGGAAUACCACAACACACAGAAGGACUUCUUCUCAAAAACACCAGUGAUGGUGAUGCCUACCGGCUUUAUAAUUUGGAUAUCUUCGGCCACAAGAUACAUGACAAAAUAGGCAUUUAUGGUUCUGUGCCCCUUCUCUUAGCACACAAGCCUAACAGAACUACAGGGAUCUUCUGGCUGAACUCUUCAGAAACGCUGGUGGAUAUUAGUACAAAGGCAGUAGCUGAGCAUGGGCUGUCUGGAUCUGCUGCAGAAACUGCUAAGCAGAGAGCAGUGCCUCUAACUGAUGUGCGCUGGAUGUCAGAAAGCGGGAUCAUCGAUGCUUUCCUUCUGAUGGGACCCACUGCAUUUGAUAUCUUCAAGCAGUUUGCACAACUGACAGGCACUCAAGCCCUGCCCCCUCUUUUUUCUCUGGGCUACCAUCAGUGCCGGUGGAAUUAUGAGGAUGAGCAGGAUGUCAAGGCAGUAGAUGCUGGCUUUGAUGAACAUGACAUUCCUUAUGAUGUGAUAUGGCUGGAUAUAGAGCACACAGAUGGCAAGAGGUAUUUUACUUGGGACAAAAAGAAAUUUCAGAACCCCAGAAAGAUGCAAGAACAUCUCAGGAAGAAAAAACGUAAGCUUGUCGUCAUUGUAGAUCCCCACAUUAAAGUUGAUCCCAUGUAUACCCUGUAUUCACAGGCAAAAGACAAGGGAUAUUUUGUGAAAGACAGAAAUGGGAAAGAUUUUGAGGGCAUCUGUUGGCCAGGUUCCUCUUGUUACCUGGAUUUCACCAAUCCUGAAGUGCGAAAAUGGUACGCAGAUCAAUUUGCCUUCAAAACUUACAAGGGAUCCACUAAUAUCCUCUUUGUAUGGAAUGACAUGAAUGAGCCUUCAGUCUUCAAAGGGGCAGAACUAACCAUGCAGAAAGACGCUGUGCACUACAACAACUGGGAGCAUCGCGAAGUACACAACCUCUAUGGAUUCUACCAGCAAAUGGCAACUGCAGAAGGACUCAUCAAACGGUCUUCAGGGAAAGAGAGACCAUUUGUCCUCACACGAUCUUUCUUUGCUGGAUCACAGAAGUACGGGGCAGUGUGGACUGGAGACAACACAGCAGAUUGGAGUUACUUAAAAAUAUCCAUUCCAAUGCUUCUCACCAUCAGCAUGGCAGGGAUUUCAUUCUGUGGAGCUGAUGUGGGAGGGUUUAUUGGAGAUCCAGAACCAGAAUUACUUGUUCGCUGGUAUCAGGCUGGAGCCUACCAGCCCUUCUUCAGAGGUCAUUCUAACAUGGAGAGCAAACGGCGAGAACCGUGGCUCUUUGGGGAGAAGAACACCCAGAUCAUCAGGGAAGCCAUUAGAGCGCGCUACGUCCUUCUGCCAUACUUAUACACACUGUUCUAUCGGGCACACACAGCGGCUGAACCAGUUAUGAGGCCCCUCUGGGUAGAGUUUCCAGGGAACAUAGAAACUUUUGGUGUGGAAAAUGAGUACAUGCUGGGAAAUGCUUUGUUGGUGCAUCCAGUCACAGAGAAAGAGGCCAAAGCAGUGAGUGUUCUGCUUCCAGGAUCACAGGAGAUUUGGUAUGAUUUCAGGAAAUUUAAACGAAUGGAAGAUCCGGGCACUCUGAAGAUCCCAGUAACACUGGAGAAUAUUCCUGUAUUCCAGCGGGGGGGUACUGUGAUACCUCUGAAGACCACAGCUGGAAAAUCUACUGAAUGGAUGAUAGAUACUUCUUAUGAACUCCACGUGGCUCUGGACACAGAGGCUUGUGCAAUAGGUGAGAUCUACAUAGAUGAUGGGCAUUCAUUUCAAUAUCUCCACAAGAAGCAGUUCCUGUAUCGGAAAUUCACUUUCCACAAGAACAUUCUUUCUUCCAGUUGCAGUGAUGAAAGUGGACAAUACCAAACUACGUGUGUGGUUGAACGGGUCAUAGUUCUGGGAUUUGGACAGCAACCCACUUUUGUGACAGCCUGUUCCAAGGAUGGGAAACAAAAAGAAGUGGUUUUCACAUAUGAUACGAAGACCUCUGCACUGACACUGGAAAAUCUAGCCCUGAGUGUUGCUGCUGACUGGAAGAUUUGCAUCAACUGAAAGGAGACACAACUUCUUAGGAGAAUUCAUUGAGAGGUUGAGAGGAAGUCAGUAUGACUUAAAAUGUUAAGUUGAAUCCAGUCGAAUCAAAGAGCAUAUUUCCCACCAACACCCCCAAAUUAACAUUUCCUACAAUUUUCCUUUAAAGCACUGAUUUAAACCUGGAUAGCUCUUCUAUUCAAGCAAAAGUUAUAGCACUAGGAUUGUGUCUUUGGGGGAAAAAGCUAACUACUGUCUGCUCCAGGCUAGCUUCAGUUAGGCAUUAAGACUGAGUUCUGCCUUCACUUGCACCAAAAAAAUCAUAAAUAGAUGGGGUGAGAUUGUGGCUCAUUGGCAUGGGGUUUAAUGUAAAUAUUUAGACAUCCCACUGUUCAGAGACUGGAGUGUUUGCGCAGAUCAGGGCCAGUUUGACAGGCAGCAUCAGUAGAUAUACCAGACACAGAGGUACCCAGCAGAGUUCUGCCUAUAAGCUGCCUUGUGAAAACAAGCACAGAAGGAGCCACCCACUGUGAUUACAGACACUUCCCCUUUCCAGUUCUUAUGACAAUGCAAAAUUAGGUAGUCUGUGCAGGAAAGUAAACAACAGGCUAGUUAAACAGUUUAGUCACUGAAGGUUGUACCAGUCAGUUGGGUGACAGUAAAAGACAGUGAUGUGGGAGUGCAGAGAGUUGUCUCUGAGAGCUGGCUUUGAAACUGGCAUUUGGAUUUUGAAAAGGCACAGGUAUGUGCAAGUGCAAUAUUGACUUAAGGUAGCAGCUAGUCUCAGGUAGAAACAUUUUCCAUGUUAUUGCUCCCCAUUCUCUGCAAGUACUACUUAAAAAAAGUCUUUUGUUAGGAAAGAAUUGGCAUUUUUUGAUGAUUUAAUGUCUUUGGUUACAGCCAGUUCAGUGAAGCAACUGUGCUUAUGGAGAGUUCUUCUCCACAUCUCCCAACUUUUGCCAAGGUUUGGCUUCCUUUGCACUUUAGUAGUUUCUUGGUCAGUUUUUAUUAUCUGGCUGAGAAUUUAGCUUGGUAUUUAUAAAGCAAAUUUUUACUGGGAUUAGUUCUGCAUUUAGCCGUCCCACUUCAUGCUUAUUCACCCUAAUGUUCCCUUGCCUCCUUUUCCCACCAUCUCCGCAAACAGAACCAGUGUGUCCUGAUGUUUUCUUCUCUUUCAAAACUAGGAGGCAUCCCAAGUCCCACAUCCCCUACAUCCUGCUUAUUGCCACAGCCCUUUCCAUAUCAGACAUCUCAGUUGCUCCACAGCUCAAGUUGUUUGCCCUUUCCAUUUGCUACACUUGUCAACUAUAUUAUUUUAAAACCAUUUCUGCUUUGAGUCAAAAAUGAACAUGGCAUCUGUUGAGUUUUGGGGAUAUAAAAGGGAAAAAUUUACUUAAAUUCUUUUAACAAGAUAAGUAUUUUCUGAAAACAUCAGUAGAUGAACUCUUAAGAAACAAAGGAUUGUCACCAUUUUUACCAACUAAAGGUAUUGUAACAGUCCAUUUGUACAUUGUUCCCUACUCUUCUUUACUGAGUUCUCCCUGUGCUUGGUCAGUCAUUCCCACCUGCUGCUGUUUGUCCUCUGCAGGGCAGAUUUCUGGGAAUAGCAAGUGUGAGAGCAAACUGUGACUACUCUGCUUUGACUAUCAAGCACAGUUUGUUCUCCACUAGACCCUUAGGUUCCUCUGCAGACUUCCUCUAUUUGUCAGCCCCUUCUAGCAGACCAUGUGAGCCUCUGCUCCAGGAACUGGCAGCCUAAAUGCUGCUGUGCUUAAUGCAGACAAGAUAAUCCAGGUAGAACGGUAGCAAAUAGAUCUUUUACAUCUGUAACAAGAGAGACAGACCCUAUUUUUGUGACAGAUUCUAUUUUUCUAUCUGCUUCUAAGCAUUAAUUGACAUUUGCUUCUUAUGUUUAGCAUUUUAAUGAAAUGUUUUAACUGGUAUUUCUGAAAUUGGAAAGUAAGUGAAAUAAAGUAAUGAAGUGAUUA